AUGGGCAGUGGCUGUGAUCUGGACUGCCUGACUGCGUCUGAUCCUCAGAUGCCGGGUGCACGCCAGGCGCAGGACGUGCACGUCACGGAUCUUAAAGCAGUUUCAGAAGUAAAGUGGACCCACGGCGGCUUAGGAGCGGGGUCCAAAAUCCGGGACACGCGGUGGAGGCGCUGCCUGACCCGGUGGUGGGUUCACCGUGCAGCUUCACCUGCCGCCACUCCGGCAGGACUGCAUCGGUCCCCGAAAUUUCUGCAGAGCCCCGCACCUGCCCUUGCUCCUCCCCCCAACUCUCGCGCGCUCCAGACUGGAAAACCCGCCAGCGGAGCCCCGGGGACUCGGGGCAAUGACCGUCCGCGCCACCGUCACGGCAAUGCCGACAGGGCCGCAGGGCCCGGAGGGCUCGCGGUGGCCGAGCGCUCUGCCGGCUUCGGGAAGCCCCGGCACUGCCCCGACCUCGCCGCUGAGGCGGCGGAGGGGACAGAGAAGCCCGCCCCGCGGCCCCCCCGGCCUCCCGCGGGGACGCGCACGGCCGGAGCGGGGGACGCUCGCUGCCCGCCCGCCGCGUCUGAAGCCCCAGGAUCCGGAGCCUGCGCGCGGAGGGUCCUCGCUCCGCACCGGCCGGACUUCGGGAAGGUUCCGCGGGACGCUGCCCGCCCCCAGCCGCCCCGGGACGGCCGCGGCGCUCCCCCGGGGCUCGGGGUCACCGUCGGUCCCCACGCGUCCGCAGGCGAACCCGCCCGGGAGCGCAAGGAGGCUGCGCCGCCGACGCCCACGCGCGGCGGAGGGAGCGCGCGGCGCGAGCACGGAGCACCGCGCGGUUUCCGAGGCAACGGGCUUGGCGCCUGCGCAGCUCAUUCCCGCGGCGCCCCGGGGCCGGACCUCGCAGGCCCCGCCCCCCCCCUCCCCGGCGCGGGGCCGUCUCGCGAGCGGAAGCGCUCGGGGCGGAAGCGCUCGGAGCGGAAGCGGAAGUGCGCGGCUGGCAGCGGCUGGGCCGAGGGCGGCGCGGGCGCGUCCCUGGCUCCCCGCCGCCCGCGCCGGGCACCGGGGCGCUCGCCGCCCAUCGACCCCCGGGCGUCUCCGUCGCCGGCACCGCACGUCCCGGCCGCCCGACCCUGCGGCUCUGCCCCUUGCUUUCUCCUCUUCGGCGCCCGCCCGACCCUCCUCUCCCCGCGGGGACGGGCGCCGGCUCCGGGGCGCGCCCUGCGGUGUCGUCCCCGGGGGCGUCCUCCGACCCGCGCGCCCGCGGCGCAGAGCUGCGGCGCCCUGGCCGCGGCCGUGGGGCCCUUGCAGGGGCGAAGGCGGGCGGGCGGCCGCGCGGAGGCCCGGGGAGUGUCUGUGCGGGACGCGUUCGCGCAGGAGGACUUGGCGCUGGAAGCCGGGCCGGAGGCCGCUCCUCCGAGGGGGGACCGAGGGGACCGUGUGCGCGGGCGCCCGGGGAGGUGGGGGAGGGACGCGCGGCUCCGACAGGGCCUGGCGGGAAGCCCUGGGGAGUUCGGGGCGAGGGGGCCGCGGAGGGUCGGCCCGGCCCGGCGGCUGUGGGGGAGUGUCCUGCGCCGGGAGGAGAGCCGCCGCCGCCCGCAGGGGAGACGUCCUGGGGCCGAGAACCCGAGGACGGCCGUGCAGAGCGGUUUGGCGGGGAAGGCAGGAGCCUUUGGUCCCGGGCAUGGCGCCCAGAUCCUCGCCCGCGCUGUGUGUGGCCGUUUCCUCCCCGCCCGUCGCUUGCCGUCCCGGAGCUCUGCCGCCGCGGUUCCCCGGCCCGCGGCCCCUGGCGCCCGGAACGCCCCUUCUGCCCCACCCCCGGCGAGUUGUGUCUGCGGAAAGCACCGACGCGACCUCGGCUGCGCCCCGGCCCGCCCGCUCACCUUCGCGUCCGCGCUCCUCGACCACCUCACCGCCGCCUUCCUUGCUGUCAUUCCCGGCCGGGCGGCCGUCCAGACCUGCGGAGACCCGGGAUCCCUCCUGGCCUCGGGUUUCUCCUCUGUUAGACGGACCAGACGGCCGGCGGUGACCUCGAGGGCACCUGUGCUUUUCCGUAUUCGGAGGUUCUGCCCCGUCCCUGAGCCCGACUCAGGGUGUCGGUGA